AUGCUUAGUAAGAGACUAAGCAAAUGGUCCAGAGAGGAAAUAGGGAACAUCAAUGAUCAAGUGAGCAAAUGGAAAGCCGAGAUUCAACUCUUAUAUGAGAUAGAUACCAACUCCAAUACUGAUAACAGUAGAACAGAGGCUAACAAGGUUUAUGUUGAAUACAUUCAAUGGUUGAGCAAGCAAGAAUCUUUACUCAAACAGAAGACUCAAACCAAAUGGUUCGAAGAUGGAGAUAGUAAUACUAAGUACUUUCACAGUCUCCUCAGAGAAAAGAGAAGAAGACUCCAACUCCACAGAAUCAAAAACCACAGGGGCAAAUGGAUUCAAAAAGAAAACAACAUUGCUAAGGCUGCUGUCAAACACUUUGAUUCCCUGUUCAAUCUUCCCAAGCCCACCCUCAACCCCUACCUUUUCUCUUGUAUUCCUAAGUGCAUUUUAGAAGAAGAUAACAUGAAGUUAUUUGCGAUUCCUAAUGAAAAUGAAAUCAAGGAUGAUGUAUUCAAUUUAAGUGCUGAUAGUACAACUGGUCCAGACGGUUAUAAUGGUACUUUCUUUCGACAUUACUGGGACAUCAUCAAACAUGAUAUCGUUGAUUUUGUCAGGGAGUUCUUCAAUGGUAAAAGACUUACCAAAUUCUAUUCUCAUACUUGCCUUGCUUUAAUUCCUAAGAUUAAUGCUCCUGCCAACUUUUUCAGAAUUCGGGCCUAUCAGCCUUUCCAAUUUUACCAAUAA